AUCCUUAGCUUAAUUUCUGACAUGUAAGGAUGUAAUUAUGUUUGUGAAAUAUACUAUUAAUAAUGUCAAAACGAGUAAAGUGCGGUAUGAUUAUAUGUAACAACGGCCUGCCCUUCUCGCCAGAACAAUGACAGUUCGGAACAAGACUCGGACUUCAUCAUGAGGGAGGAUGAAGCCAACCGUCCCACUUCUUCUCCUGGUCCUCCUGACUGUGUCAGGACUGACCCGAGCUCAAGUCAAGACCUCUCUCCUGGAUCUGUCCAGGAUCCUACCCAGCCUCAGCCGACCAGCCAACCACAGCCGCAUCUUCUAUGCCGUGAUGUUUGACGCGGGGAGCACCGGCACGCGCAUUCACGUCUACACCUUCAUUCAGAGUGACUUGGAACAGUUACCGGUUUUGGACAAUGAGAUGUUCCAUUCCAUAAAGCCCGGCUUGUCGGCAUAUGCUGACUCCCCUGAAAUGGCUGGGCAAACAGUGACGCUGUUGUUAAAGGUGGCGAAGAAGACGGUUCCUCGUCUGGACUGGAAGAGGACUCCGCUGGUCCUCAGGGCCACAGCUGGACUUCGCCUCUUACCUGCAGAGAAAGCCCAGACUCUCCUGGACCAGGUUCAACAUGUGUUUGAUGAAUCUCCUUUUUUGGUCCCAGACGACAGCGUCAGCAUUAUGGAUGGCACAAAUGAAGGAAUCCUGGCUUGGAUUUCUCUAAACUUUCUGACAGGUCAUCUGAAUGUAAACACCAGGAGGACGGUGGGAAUAUUGGAUUUAGGAGGAGGAUCCACUCAGAUCACGUUCCUGCCCAAACUGAAGACGACCAUCGAGAGUGCUCCUGUUACUGAUUUUGUUGCCAGAUUUGACUUCUUCAACUCAACAUUUGAGCUCUACUCUCACAGUUAUCUUGGAAAUGGAAUAAUGGCAGCACGACUCACCAUGCUGGGUGCUGUGGGUGCACAAGGGUUGGAGUGGCAAGUUUUUAAAAGUUCCUGCCUGCCCAAUAAGUUCAGGGAUGAAUGGAGCUUUGGAGGACUAACCUAUCAAGUGAGCGGAUACCCAGAAGGUCAUGCAGGAUACAAGCUUUGUUAUCAAGAAGUACUCAAGGUGGUGAAGGGGAUUAUUCAUCAGCCAUACGUGUUCGAAGAAAGCAACGUUUUCUUUGCCUUCUCUUAUUACUUUGACAGAGCUGUGGAUGCGGGCCUUAUCGAUGGAGUCCAAGGAGGGAUGCUGCAGGUCAGAGACUUCAAGAAGAGAGCUAAAGAGGUGUGCAAUAAAAUGACCAAGUCUCCGCCCAUGAGUCCAUUUUUGUGUAUGGACCUGACCUACAUCACCUGUUUACUCAAGGAUGGCUUUGGCUUCAAGGACAGCACCAUGCUGCAGCUGACAAAGAAAGUGAACAACGUAGAGGCGAGCUGGGCUCUCGGUGCCAUGUUGGACCACUUCCACAACCUGAAGAUCCACUGAGGAGCAGUGAAGAAC